AUUUUUUUAUCUCUUCCAGGUAUAGACUUGAAAGGGAAAAAAAGGGAGCCUGAUAUGAGAAAAGCCCAAACUUUGUCUGGAUCUACACAACUGGGAGUAAUUACUUACAAAGAUCCUUGAUCUACACCAUGGCAUUCUCAUGGACUUAUCAGCACAUCAAGCUAGGCUCCUUGCAUCAAUUUCUGCAAGUCCCAGUCAUAGCGAGACUCUGUCUUAGCAGAACAUCAACAGACCUUCCCAAGAAGUCUGUAUUCAUUAGCCAGUGCCACAAUGUUUAUACAAACUUGGCUCUUGAGGACUGGUUCUAUAAGAAUUACAAGUUUGAGAAUCAAGUUGCUCUAAUGCUGUGGUGGAACAAUCCCUGUGUUGUCAUUGGAAGACAUCAGAAUCCCUGGCUUGAAGCUGAUACAAAAUACCUGAAGAUGAAUAACAUCAUGGUUGCCAGAAGAAAUAGUGGAGGGGGAGCUGUCUAUCAUGAUGAAGGAAACCUUAACUGCACUUUCUUUACUUCCAGAAAUUCUUACAAUAGGAAGAAUAAUCUGCAGAUGCUAUGUGAAGCUCUUUGGAAGACAUGGGGAAUUGAUGCAGAAGUCUCUGCACGAGAUGACAUUGUUUUACAUGGGAAAAAGGUGUCUGGGACAGCAGCCAAGCUUGGGAGAGAGAAUGCUUAUCAUCACUGUACUCUUCUUGUGGAUUCAGACAAGGAUCUGAUGACUCAAUCUUUGCAUGUGGGGAGAACACAGUUUGAAACAAGAGCAACAGAGAGCACUACUUCCCAAGUGACGUGUCUAAGUGAUUGGCAUCCUGAGGUGACUAUUGAGGAUGUGAUGAAGGCAAUAGGACGAGAAUUUCUUCAAGGAACAUAUGUGGAGGGCACCUCAACAGGCUUCCAUCUGAUUCAUCCAACCAACUUUUGGUUUCAUGGGUUAAGUGAAAUGAAGGAGCACUUAAUGAGUUGGGAUUGGAUUUAUGGGAUGACACCAGAUUUCAAGGAGGAGGUCUCCAUACUUUUCCCAUCAGUUGGACCAAUUUCAUCUGUUGUCACUGCUUCUGUUCAUGUUCACAAAGGACUCAUUGCAGAAGUAAAAAUAGGAGUUCAUUCUGGUGAAAGCAGAGACAUUCACCAAUACCAGGAAGUGAUGGAGACCCUGAAGGGCCGUGCUUACCGGGCUAGGAUCCUCCAAGACUCCAUUACCAAUAUACUCAAGGGACUUCCGUUGCCUACAGAUGAGGAGAUAGAUGCUGGCCAAGUUCUUGGAGCCACGGUGGAAGGAGAAUCCAAUGUCCAGGCUCCUGGCUUCCUUGUCUCUCUUUAGCUUUUCCCCUGGUCAUGGUCACUGUGAUACUAUUACUCUUCCCCCAUGUGUUUUUAUCAUGAGGUAAUUACUUAAACCUGUUCAGUUAUCAGCUUGCUGUACACAAUUUGCCUUUAACAUUCUCAGAGAUUUUUUGAAGAUAUUUUGAUUGACAAGAUUGUAAAAACUUUCUCUUUAUGAUUGUCUUUGUGAUUGCUGUGAUGCAAACUAUGGGUGCUGCAAUGGGUACUACUUACUUUUGCCCAAGUCCAUGACAUUCAACAAUGAGGCAUCUGCUAAUGACUCCCAUAUCAUUCCAAUGCA